AUGGUUACUCCACAGAAGUCACGUGUGAAAACUGGUGAGACCGUGCAAUUCACUUGCAUCGCUAGCGGCUCCCCGUCACCCGACCUAACAUGGCGGAAAGUUAACGGAUCGCUUCCAUUCAGCAGUACAGUGCAAAGAGGAGUUCUAAAGAUUGCCAAUGUGACUCAAAAGGAUGCUGGGAGUUACAAUUUUGAAGCCAAAAAUGUUGAAGGAUCGGCCAAUAGAAGUGGAAUUUUAGAAAUUAAAGGUAAGGUAUCAAAGGGUCGGCUCUUUGGAAGUAAUUUUACUUUAACCUCCCUCCUUGUUUCAUGUCUUUAUUUUGACGAGUAUUGGUGCAAAAAUUUUACAGUGCCUUUCCUCCUAUACAUUUUUCCUGAUGUAAUUCCAACGCGAAAAGCUACGAAUGUUCUUGCGGUCAUGAUGAGGGUUAGAUUGGGGAGUUUCUGCUAAGCACACUUCGCGUCAAUGACAAGAAGACACGUUUGUUAUGAUAUUUACUCUGACCAUAACUUAGUAAUGGUCACCAACCAUUUGUAUCUCUACCUUUUCUAUAUCUUUUCGUAGUGACCGUUCCACGAUUUACACAGGAACCCCUGUCCUACCUCAGUGUACAGACAUUAACAGACGAGCCACUUAAUUUCACGGUUGAAAUUGUGUUCAUACCGGAGAUGGCGGGUGGGCUGAUUCUGUACAACGAUCAGCUAACAAAUGGCUCUGUUGGAGACUUCAUUUCAUUUGGAAUGUCAGACAGAUUUGCUGAAUUUAGGUAA